AUGUGUCCAGCGGCUAUAAUCCUCAUCACCGCUUUGAGCAAAUCUUUGCGAUUAUUUCACAGGAAUCUCAGACAGGUAGCGCAGUUCCACCUCAUCAUAUACGCUGUACAAAACAUGAUACGAGUCUAUAUGCUUCUUUACGAUACAGGCCUGUUAAAAACUACAGAUCACGUACCCCGUCACUAUAAAUUGAAUAUGUAUGAUUUCCUUGUCAUUACAUCGACGUCUACCUAA